AUGGACUGGAGAACACUCACUCACGCUGUUUUACUGCUGAGCCUCACAGCAGCCAGAGCCCUGCCUAGAGCUUCUCAGGAUGCAGAGGAAAGAAACAGCAUUGGCCAACGUUUUUCCCAGCUGCAGGAGAACAAUUUUAAAGCCAUUGCCCUGGUCAUGUUUGCCCAGAACGUGCCUGGAGGGACAUUUGGCCAAGUGGCUGAGAUGGCAGAAGGGGUCACAGCCCUGGCCAAGAGUUGUGCAGCAGCACCCAGCCACAGCCCCGACUGCCUGAAGCCUCUGGACAGGAUUUUCCUGGAUACAAUAUGCCAGAAGGAAAAUCUUGCCAGCUUUGUUGAGUGCUGUACUAAAAAGGACCCUGAAAGAAAAGACUGCUUCCUCUCCCUGAAGAAUUCCUCCCAGGGGUUUGUGUCUCCUUUGGAAAGGCCAAGUGCUGAAGCUGCCUGCAGAAACCACUCCCAGCACCAACAGCCCCUGACAGCACAUUUUAUCUAUGAGGUUUCCAGGAGACAUCCCUUCCUCUAUGUGCCAACAAUCCUCUCUGUGGCUCUCCGGUACGAGGAGAUGAUGAGGAACUGCUGUGGGAGCACUGAAGGGCCCACAGAGCAGCUGGAGGAAUGCUUCCAGAGACAGGCACCAAAGGUGGUGAAGCCAAUAAGAGAGGAUACCCUGAGGCAGGAACACACCUGUGGAAUCCUGAAGAAGUUUGGAGAAAGGACCUUAAAGGCUCUGAAACUUGUCCAGAUAAGCCAGAGAUUCCCCCGGGCUGAUUUUGCCAGUGUUCACAAGCUGGUGCUGGACGUGGCUGCCAUGCACAGGGAGUGCUGCCGCGGGGACACGCUGGGCUGCACGCGGGGCAGGGAAGGGAUCCUGCACUAUGUGUGCACCAACCAGCACAGCCUGUCCAGCAGGAUCCAGCAGUGCUGUGAGAAGCCUCUGCUGCACAGGAGCGAAUGCCUCCUUACCACAGAAAAUGAUGUCAAACCUGCAGGCCUCUCCCCCCACAUCAGGGAGUUCAUAGAAGACAAGGGAAUAUGUGAACGUUUUGCUCAGGAAAAAGACACACACUUAGCCAGGUUUCUGUAUGAAUACUCCAGGAGACACCCAGAAUUCUCUGUGCAGAUGCUUUUAAGGAUUGGCAAAGGCUAUGAGGACCUGCUGCAGGAGUGCUGCAGGCCUGGGGCUCCCAGUGGCUGCCACAGCAGGGGGGAGGAAGAACUGAAGAAACACAUUUAUGAAACAGAAAGUGUCAUGAGGACCAGCUGUGACAUUUACAAGGAGAAAGGAGAUUACUACUUCCAAAAUGAGUAUGAGCUGAUCAAGUUCACCAAGGAAAUGACAACCAUCGGCUCCAAGUGCUGCCAGCUGGGCCAGGACAAGCUGCUGCCUUGUGCUGAGGAAAGUGUGAGUCUGGACCUCGUGCUUGGGGAGAUCUGCAGGAGACACCUGGCUGAUCCCAUCAACCCCGGCGUGUGCCGCUGCUGCAGCAGCUCCUAUGCCUUCCGCAGGCCAUGCAUUGGGAAGCUGGAGGUGGAUGAGAGCUACAUUCCCUUGGCACUGACUCCAGGGCUGUUCUCCUUCCAUGGAGACUUGUGCACGAUGGAGGAGGAGAAGUUGCAGCACAGGAAGCAGGAGUAAGUCAUGCUAGCUCUGCUGCCUUGCAGGAUGCUGAUCACCCUGCUGAAGUACAAGCCCCAGAUCAGCCCGGAGCAGCUGAGCUCCGUCACAGCUGCCUUCGCUGCCAUGAGGGAGCAGUGCUGCAGGGAGGCUGACCCCGAGGCCUGUUUCCUCACAGAGGUACUGCUUCUUUCCACCCAAAGUCCCUCUGCAACUGGGACAGAAAGGGGUCCAGAGCUCGUCAAAAGGAGCGAGAAGAAGCUGUCAGCGUGA